AUGGGGCGGAAGCGAGCGCCGGGCAGCGGCGGGGACGGGGGCGGCCUGGGCCGGUCCCUCAUCAAGGAGCGGAACCUGCAAAACCGGAGCCAGCGGCGGCGAGACACGUGGCUGCACACGAGGGACAUGGACGAUGAGCUCUGGGCCCGUGCAGCCCCCCGCUCCGUGACCGAGCCCACGGCCCUCGAGGACUUCCUGGCCACUGCCCAGCUGGCUGGCACUGAGUUUGUGGCGGAGAAGCUCAACGUCCACUUCGUACCCCCUGAGGCUAGGACUGGCCUCUUGUCCCUUGAGGAGAAACAGAGGCUGAGGGAGCGCCAUGAGGAACAUCGCGGGGCUCUGCGGGUGCCCAGGAGGCCCCCAUGGGACCAGAGCACUAGUGCUGAGACCCUGCAGCAGUUGGAGAGAGAGAAGUUCCUGGAGUGGAGGCGGGGGCUGGUGCGGCUAGAAGAGGAGCAGAACCUGAUCCUGACCCCCUUUGAGCGGAACCUGGACUUCUGGCGCCAGCUCUGGAGGGUCAUCGAGCGGAGUGACGUCGUCGUUCAGAUAGUGGACGCCCGCAACCCCCUGCUCUUCCGCUGCGAGGACCUGGAGCGUUACGUGAAAGAGAUCGACCAAGACAAGGAAAACGUGAUUCUGAUCAACAAGGCCGACCUGCUGACGGCCGGCCAGAGGGCCGCCUGGGCCGCCUUCUUCGAGCGGGAAGCCGUGAAAGUGAUCUUCUGGUCGGCCCUGGCCGAGGGCGAGCGGCUCCACGGCACGGCGGAGGACGGAGGUUCUGAGAGCGAGGAGGAGGAAGAGGAGGAGGAGGAGGAGGGAGAUGGCCAGAGCAGGGGCCGCGGGGCUGGUCAGCGGCCAGAGGGUCAGGACCCGGACGAGGAUGACUACAACUGGCUGAGUGAGGAGGGGGACAGCGAGUACGAGGACUGCCUGGAGGAGGAGGACGCCUGGCAGACGUGCUCUGAGGACGAUGGUGGUAGUGGACGUGAGGAGGAGUGCUCGAACCCGGACCCCCUGGGAGACGGGGCUGGGGGCCACCCGGUGCGCAAUGACAGCCACUUGGUGGGAAGGCAGGAGCUGCUGGACCUCUUCAGAGAGAUGCAUUCUGGGAAGAAGGUCAAGGAGGGGCAGCUCACUGUGGGGCUGGUGGGUUACCCCAACGUGGGAAAGAGCUCGACGAUCAACACCAUCUUUGGGAACAAGAAGGUGUCCGUGUCGGCCACCCCCGGCCACACCAAGCACUUCCAGACCCUCUACGUGGAGCCCGACCUGUGCCUGUGCGACUGCCCCGGCCUGGUGAUGCCCUCCUUCGUCUCCACCAAGGCCGACAUGGUCUGCUCCGGGAUCCUCCCCAUCGACCAGAUGAGGGACCACGUCCCGCCCGUCUCCCUCGUGUGCCAGCACAUCCCCCGCCACGUCCUGGAGGCCACGUACGGGAUCCGGCUGAUCCGGCCCCGCGAGGACGAGGACCCGGCCCGGCCGCCCACCUCGGAGGAGCUGCUGAGCGCCUACGGCAGAUUCACCCUCUUGGUCCAUGCUGGCCCUCAAUCUCGCGUCGGAGCUUUGGCGAGCCUCCUAGAAGGAAGGCCUGAAGUCCGAGACCUGACCGAUGGGGCCGUCCAGAUUCUUUGCCUCCGAGUUCUGUAG